UUUGUGAUGCGAGAGAAAUACACAAUAUGGCGGCUUCCUUGGUCCGGUUUUUGAGAGGGUUGUAUGUUUUAUUUUUAAUAUGUCUGCUUUCGGCUUCGGCUUUUUUGAAUUUGGAGGAGUUAAAUGAAAUGAAAUAUGGGAUUCAGAUUCUUUCGGACCCCGUAAUUAGAGGGCAGAUGGAAGAUGUGAUGUUGGUGUCCAGUAAAUAUAAGCAGCUGUAUGAGUGCCGGUUGCCUGCGCAGGCGGUGAAGUUCCACCAAGACCCUGUUCCUGACUCGGACCCUCAGGGUUACAGUGGCCCGGCUGUCCCUGAGCUCCUGAAGCCCAUGCAUGAUGCUCCCUGCCUCGUCAAGACUAAAGACUGGUGGACAUAUGAGUUCUGCUACGGACAACACAUCAGACAGUAUCACCUUGAAGAUUCAGAGAUUAAAGGUGAUGUGCUGUUUCUGGGUUAUUUUGAGUCAGAGUUUGACUGGACCAAUGAGACUGCUAAGGCCACUAAACAGCACAAGCUGAAGCGGUAUCACAGUCAGUUGUACGUCAAUGGCUCCAAGUGCGAUCUGAAUGGAAACCCACGAGAGUCCGAAGUCAGGUUUGUGUGUGAAGAGGGUUCGAGUGAUUAUAUCUCCCGUGUGGACGAGCCCCAGUCGUGUCACUACGUCCUGACAGUUCACACGUCCCGUACGUGUCAGCACCCCCUCCUGCGCCCCCCCUCCUCUGCCAAGCCGCAGGCCAUCGUGUGUCAGCCUGCUCUCAGCGCUCAGCAGUACAUGGACUACGUCAGAGCGCAAGUCUCUGACACGAAGCGAAAAGUGGAGCAGAUCUCAGAAGAGCUCAGAACACUCGAUCAGAUUCUGUCCAAAGAUGAAAGCAAGGAGGAAACGGGAAGUGAUGUAAUGGAUGAGGAGUCUGUCCCACCCACUGAUACGCCUCCUGUAGAGUCUGAGGUCAAAGAUGCUGUAGAUGAGGAGGGGGAGGAGUCAAUGAGUGAGGAGGCAGAGGAUAAAGAUUUCUGGGACGGAGUCACCAAACCACAGGGGACUGAAACACAAACACCUGAGCUGCAGGAGUCUGACGGCGCGUCCGAGAACGAAGCCGACAAUAACGACAUAUUUGGAGAGGAGAAGUUUAAAUUUAAGAUCAUGACGGAUCCUGUAGACCUGAUGAAGUUGGUGCAGCACCUCAGAGACAGUAACAGGAAGAAUAAAAAAGCUCAGCUGAGAAAUGGGAGAAGCCAGUCUUCAUCGGAGAAGGGGAAGGAGGAUGAGGAGGAGGGGGGGAAGAAAAAGGAAGAAGAGGAGGACGGAGAUGGCGAUGAAGAUGAACAGCUGCUGAAGGAGUUUGAAGAGGAGAUGGCCGACCUCUCGGUUCCUGCGUCCAAAAUUGUCCAGAUUAAAGAGGAGAUGCAGAAAGAGUUCGACAACAUCAUAGAAGAGACGCAGCAGGAGUUGGAGAAUGAGGGUCUGAAAGGAGAGUUUGAUCGUUCUCAGGCCACUCAGACUUUAGAGAACACUCUGGGUAAACUGCUGGAUCAUCUGGAGGAUAAAACCGAACAGGAUGCCGAAUCACACACAGACACGCACGCGUACAAAAACACACACACACCUGCUGAGAAGGAGAAGGGUGGCGCCAGAGGUGACCCAAGCCUCGUCCCCAAGACCCCAGAGCAUGAGCUCAGUGGUGGUGAGCAGGUAAAGAUAAGGGUGACUAAGUAUAAGGUGGGUGGAGACGAUGCAGCCGGUGGAGGUGAGGGGGGUGUGAGGGUGCGAGAGCUGGCUGAGAGCGACCCCCAGUGGCAGCACAUUCACCACCUGGUCAAAGAACAGCUUGAGAAAGCCGGCAUCAAGGCUGAAGGAAAGAUAGAAGUGAAGAUUUUGACCCGUAAAUCAGCAGAGGAGGCGGGAGACCAGUGGCUGAGUGAGGAAGAUACCAAAUCUUUUAGAGAACUACUGAUCAACCUGCUGACAGGAGGAACAGAAGAAGUGUAUAAAGAACAGAAGCGACAGCAGGAGCUGGAGAACAACUACAGGUUUGUUUGGGGAGAGAAACAGGACGAGAGUCAGUCUGCAGGAACUGGAGAGUCGGACGAACUCGAUUUUUGAUUCACAGGUGUGUGUGUGUGUAACAAACAAGCGCAGAGAUCGGACUAUGGAGUAUCCAUGCAACCAUCACUCAGUCUGCAGUGAGAAUUUAUGGAGAGCAUCAGUGAACAGUGUGUGUGUGUGUGUGUGUGUUCCCCCCCCCCCCCCCCUCUCUCUCUCUCUCUCUUCUGUAGUCUCUGCUUCUCUGCUCCUUCAUUCAUUUCAGUUCCUGGUCACAGACACCAAAUGCUCUCCAUCCAUCAUUCCAUGGGUUUUGUUUUUUUGAGGAAAAAAAUCACAAGAUUUCAAUGAAUGUUAUUUCAUAAUAAUAAUAAUAGUAGUGUAAUGUUUGGAAUGUUCACUUUGGAGAUGCCAAAAUAAAAAUUAAAAACCGUGAUGUUUUUGAGCAUGGUCUGCUGAAUGACCUCGUAGGUUUGAAGAAUUUAUGAUUAGGUACGAGGCUGAAGAUUCUCGAGGUCAGGCUACAGAGCAUGUUUACAUUAGAACUGGAGGAUAGCUUUAAAAAAAAUUAUGUAUUUUCUCAGUUCACAUAGGAAUGUUUGUUUUUGUUUGUUUUUGGUUUUUUUUUGAAUAUUUAUUGCUUGUGACCUAAAACUAAAGUCCAUAAAAUAUUUCAGCUCUUUACCUUGCCCCCCCAACCCCUCAUCACGGGAAGCCACGCUUAAGAUUUAAUAUCUCCAGAAAUAUUAUUCACAGCCACAUAACGUUUGGGAGAUAUAAAGACAAACAUGUUCUGUAUCUGGUUAAAUGCAGAAGUCACUGCAGAAGGGCAGUUUUUUUUUUUUUUUUUUUUUUUUUUUUUUUUUUUCUGAUGGGAUCCUCAAGUUGGGGGAGAAAGUGCAAAAAUUCCAAAUGUAAAUCAUCUCUGAGCCUUACCCAUACAGAGGCUGUAGAUCUUUAAUCUACUAGAUUCCAUUGGCAUUGUGUCAGAAUCUGAGCUCUAAAUGAUCAGCCAAAUGCAAGAGCAUAAGAUUCAUAAGUGUAUAAUUCUGUGCUGUUUUAGCGUGCCCUGAUGGUAAAUUUGAGUCAUGAGUACAAUCGUGAAAAAACUGAGGGAAAUGUGUGUAAAGUGUGCAGCAUGUUGCGUUCCAUGUUCCAUGUCGUCUUCAUACUUAAACGGGACGAGAUAUCGGCCCAUGUGCUGAGAAUGGACUGUACCCUAAUUUUACAAAAAGACACGGCAUUCUCCUCAGACUGUACAUGGGUGGGAGGUUUAUCUUUAUUUUCUGAGUGUGUAUCUACUGUACAGACAAUAGAAAAGUGUGUGUGUGUGAGAGAGAGAUGGUAUUUGAGGAAACGGACACUUCUGCUUUUCAUGGAGUUUUGUUUUUAGAGCAUUAAAUGCUUUUUUUUGGGGGGGGGGGGGGGGGGGUAUUGGUGGUGUUUGUUACCUUUUAAAUAAAGAAAAUGCCACCUGCUGAGUCCUGAUGAUGUAAGAAAGUUCGAGGUGUUGAUCAAGACUUUUGGAAUAAAAAAAAAUCAUGUUAAAUGAGUAAA